AGUGCAAACUCUGCCACAUGAAUAAUUAUGGAGAUUAACACAAAUUUUGUGCUAAACUUUUGAUCUUACAAGAAUUUCACUGUUGUUUGCAUUAUUCGUGUUCACAGGCAUUCAACAGACAGCAGCUAUCGGUGAGUAACAUGAAGUUUAAAGUAUAUUAUCUUCACCUCAGAUCAACAGUGUUCAUAUAUGACAAACAUUCUUUUUCCUGUCCUUGCAUCAUUUCUCUUCUCUCAUUUAUCUGAAGCUCAAUUAUCCAAGACAUUGCAUCGCUCUGAGGACAUGUUCUCAAAGUAAAGACGAGAAUAACCCCUUAUUAUUCCCCCACACAAUGCAAUGUCUUCUUAGCAUGGACACGUUUUUUUAUUAUUAACCAAUGCAAAGAGAGAGCGGGAUGUCUGAGGCUUUGUAUGAACAGAAUGAUGUCAUCUCCACUUCCUAUGGAGCAGAAAGAAAGCUUUGUCUUGCGGAGGCCAGGCCUGGUCAUCUAGCUUACAUGUGACAUUCACAAAAGACGUUUAGCACAAAAAUAUCAACUCUGCUGGUCUGAACACUAUGAUCUACUCUACAAACCACACCAUUGAGAGACACAAGAAGGCCAGUCUUUCCCACAAUGUGUACUGUACUGAUCCUGCUUGCAAACACUGUAACCAAUGUAUGAGUGUAAGAAUCUACGUAAUAGUGGCAUAAUAAGAAAAGUAAUCAUUUAUUGCAGAAGGCUUUUGAUUGGCUCAAAUUGCCUGCUAAUGUCAGGUUUUGUCAUUGCAGUAUUUCAAGUCAUUUCAGCAGAUCAGUGCUGUACUCUGAUUAGAGUUUGUGUAAGUUUCCUUUCAGCGCUCCAGUUUUCUCCCACAACUCAAAGUUAUGCAGGUCAGUUGAACUGAAAACUAUGUGAGUAGUGCAUGUGUGUGUACGUGAUUGUGCGUUAUCAGACAGAUUUCAUUCUGUGAGCGGUUCCCAUAUUUUCUUCAAUAGAUACAGCAGAAGCAGAAAUAGAAUGCCCUCAAGGAAAGCAUGAAAAAACUAGCCAACUUAAAAGCAGCGCUGAUGAAUAUUUUUAUACCAACACAGGAUCACAUGGCUACUUGGAUGUGAAAGGGGUCAUUUGUUAUCACCCAGCUCUGCAAUUUUAUCUCAGCUCAGAGUUUCAGUGUCUGACAGCUCAUUGUUUUGGAUUUCCAGCCUGUUACUUAACUUUGGUUCGCUCACUGCUCCUGUCAGCGUUUGGGCUGAAACAGGCAGCUGUAGCAACAAAUCUCUAAUGAAUCCACAGUACACAAGCUAAGCAGCAUUCAACAAGAGAUAGGCAAUGUUAGCAGUUAGCUGGUGAAUAUAUGUGGUAAAGCAAGCCCAAAAUGCUUGGACAAGACACUGAAUGCAAAGUGCCCACCUUGCCUUGUGAGACUUUGAUCCAGAAAAGUGGUAUUUAUGUGCAGAUCAUUUACUAUUUUACCAUUUAGCAGCUCAAGAGCCAGAUGAUUCCCAGAGGAGCUGGUGGAGACCAAAACAGAGCUAAAAAAGUGAAAUUUAUAUUCGUAAGAUGGUCAAAUGCCAACCUUGAAUUCAUGCUAAUGUGCAAGCACAUUUGGUGGUUGUGUAAAUAGGCAACUGUUGGCUAAAUUACCUAUGUGGGUUGCUUGCUGUCCCCAAGGGCUCAGUACAGUUUUGUGGAUGUCCCCUCUUAUGUCACAUUUAGAUGGUGGUUCUGUUUAUUCCAAAACCAAAUCGGUUUGCCCCAAACAUGCAGAGCUGAUUGAACAUGUGGUCAGAUGCCUGCAUACAGAAGCUUUUUCUGGCUUCACUUGUGUUGAAUUAUAAUUUGAUAAAUGUCUUUUAUCCAACAAAUCACUGCAACCAGUGGCGGUUUGACAGUAAUCCAGCAGGGGCAGAUAUACUGCAAUUAGUGAUUGGGUCUUAAAAUAUCACUUCCCGGAAAGUUCAGCGUUUUACAGCUGUAAAAUUUCAAACCUCAAUUUAUGGAAUUUUGGUUUUAGCUUCUGUAAUUUCACAUGUGAAGCUGUUAGAAGGCUGCAAAUGUGAGGAAUGGAUCCUCACUCCUUAUGGAGUUGUGCAUGAUCGUCCUCAGGCAGGGCUGUAACUGGAUAUUUACUGAAGACGUGGAUGCAGGAAACAUCAUUUACUUUCCACAACAUCAAUGCUACACGUGUAGUGCGCUGUUCGGUUUAAAAAGAAAGAGAUCCAUUGCUUAGCGGUUAGUAACGAGAACCAUGUGUUGUCCAUCUCAUAUCGUCACCCCCCUUAUCUCCCCCCCAUUUCCCAUCUGUGCCCUUCAGGCCCUCACUUCAGUCACCUCCCACUUCCCUCUUCCUUCAGAACCCGUCUGUUUUUGUUUUCGAGCCUGGACUCUUUGCACAGGAAACUGUAUACAUUGGGAGCAUUCAGGAAGGCAGAGAGCUGCUUUCCCGUUAGCUCCAAGUUUGGGCACAUGGAAAAAAAAUGAAUAAAAGAGGUCAGUAAUUCCUAAACCAGGAGAGAAACAGAAGUCAGCUGUUCUCCUCCUCCUCCCCUAACUUCACUUCCCUCCCCUUACAUAGUCUGAACAUUUCAAAAAUCCCUGCCACACCACUGCCACGAGUCCAUCUCAAACAGAGAAUUUUCGGAAAAUUUGAAAGAAGAAGUGGAUUGGAAAUGAAAACUACUGUUCAUGAGAGGGUUUUCCUCUCAUGAUGCUUGUAUGUCUCAGCAACAGAGAAGCCAGUGAAAAGGGGAGACUGUGUGGAAUGAAGGAAAAGAGGAGGAGAUAAAAAGAAGCAGAGGGAGACUGGCUGGGGGUAAAAAAACAACAGGAAACCGGCCGAUUCUAAUGCUGUUUUUGCAAAUCCUUCAGAGAUAAAGCAGUGGACCGCCAAGUCUGAGCAAACCAGCUCUCACACCAUGUCUUUUCUUCGGUCAUCUCUUGCAGUUGUAACAAUCUAACGGACUUUAAGUUUCAGAAGUGACGUCACUUCUGCUCUCAGCCUCCAACAGUGUGGUUAGUCAGAAUGUGAGCGGAUGCAGACUUUUGGGAGCUGUUUGCUGGGAUUUCUAUGCGGCUUCUUUUUGACCUGCAAUCUCAACCUUUCUUGAGGUCAUAUGGAUCAGUCGCUGAGCUUUCAAGGAACUUUUUGUUUUAAUCAUCUGGACCACUAACUGGAGCCACAUGAAGAAUAAAGGGAGUAAGCAAAAGCCAAAAAAGAAAGGAAAUGAAAAUGCGUUCGGCUGUGACCUGAUAGAACAUCUCCAGAGUUCAGGACAAGAUGUUCCUCAGGUCCUGAAGAAAUGUGCAGAAUUUAUUGAGAAACAUGGGAUUGUGGACGGGAUCUACAGACUGUCGGGGGUCACCUCAAACAUCCAACGUCUCAGGCAGGAAUUCAGUUCUGAGGCGUGCCCUGACCUUACAAAGGAAGUGUACCUCCAGGACAUCCACUGUGUGGGUUCCUUAUGUAAGCUGUACUUCAGGGAGCUUCCAAAUCCUCUGCUCACGUACGAGCUAUACAGCAAAUUCACAGAGGCAGUUUCAGUCCAUGGUAAUCAUGAGAGACUUUUACACAUUCAGAGGGUCAUCAAAGAACUGCCGGCUCCUCACUUCAGGACUCUGGAGUACCUGACGAAGCACUUGGCCCACCUCGCCACCUUAAGCACCCAGACGAACAUGCACACACGUAACCUGGCUCUGGUGUGGGCUCCAAAUCUGUUAAGAUCUAAAGACAUCGAGUCUUCAUCUGGUAAUGGAGACAUGGCUUUCCAGGAGGUGCGGAUUCAACAGUCAGUGGUUGAGUUUAUUUUAAACCACACGGAGCAGAUCUUCAGCAAUGAUUCUGCACAAAUUAAACCUAAAGAAGGGCCAAGUUUGAUGUGUGGAGAGAAAUAUGCGACACUUCCCAUCAGCGGUCAGUGUGGGACGAUGAAACUGAUGAGCCUGGAAGAAGCUCAGGCUCGAUCCUUGAGUCCAAACCAUCCUGUGCACAAAGAACGUCAGCGAGAGAACAGUCUGCCUGACACCAGCACUGCCACGCUCUACCACACCGUCAUAGACAUAUCGGACAACAAGAGAAAAUUUUCUGGGAAAUCAAAGAAGUGGAAGUCAAUCUUCAACAUUGGAAGGUCUGUGGACUCAAAGGGAAAACUGAGCCGGAAUGGUAGCGUGUUCAUCAGAGCACAGGGGAUGACAGAAAAGCCAGCUCUUCGUCCCUCCAGGAGCAUGGAGUCCUUGUGCUCUUUGCCAACAGAUGAUGACAGAACAGGAAGCAAUAGCCCAGCUGAUGGCUCUGGCAGCAUUUUUAUUCCAGAUGUAAAAUCCAGAACGCUGGGAUCCGACUCGCUCUGUGACCUGAAUGAACACGACCAAAACUGGGAGUUUAAAGGGAAGAAGGCUGGUGGGGCGACGGGUGGCUGGAGCUCUACUGUGAACCCAAAGGGGUCACCAGGUGCUUCUUCACCCCCUCAGAAAUCCCUACCAGAGCAGCUUAAGGUGUUCAAAGGUGAUGAUGUCAGCGGCUACAAGCCCACCUCUCCGAAAAACAGGAGGAUGUUGUACUCAGGCAACAACAGCAGCUCCUCCCGGCCCUCCUUUCCAGGAAGCUUCUUCCCCCUGGAGUCCUCGCCGAGACAUCAGCGCAGAGCCGUCAACAUAUCUGAGCCUUUUGCCGUGUCUGUUCCUCUGCGAGUGUCAGCUGUUAUCAGCUCCAACAGCACGCCAUGCAGGGGGAUCGCCAAAGACAAAGCAGCGACACUGAAACCCUGCAAAGAGACCUCGGAGCAGAGCAGCAACAGAGGAAAGAGCAACACUUUCCCUCAACUGGAACCAAAGAAGCAGGAAGGAGUAGAGAAGAAAAACAUUGAGGAGCUGACCUUUAAAGUGUCACCGCUGGAUACAAAAAAAGAAGUGAUGCAACAAGGUCAAGCUGGGAGGAAUAUUUCUAAACUGGAACUGCCAUCUCCUGCAAAUGCACGAGAAAGCAAAGAUGCAGCGCCAUCUUCUGGGAAAGAACCGCACAAGCAGCCCACAGACACACAACUGGACAAGGGAUCUUCUGCUGGGAAAGAGCUGUGGUCUGACCUCCACCAAGAGCUGAAGAUAACUGAACCUGAAAUCGACCUGCUGCAUGAGACUUUUAAGCCAGUUUUUGAGAACACCAAGUUGACGAUGGACGUGAAGUCAAAACGAAGCCGCAGCUCUCCGUCUCUGUCUUUACUGUGUAGGGAGCAGUCUUCAAAUACCUCUCUGAGCGAUCACAUAUCUGCCACUGGAUCCAGCACUGCAAAGAAACAGCCCUCAGAGUCGGACAUCUUAUUUUCUCUUCGCAAAACCGUUGAUGUAGUUUCUGCCGGAAAGACGGUAAACGUCCGACCUGCUGACGUAGUAGAUGAGAAAGAGAAGCAGCUACGAAAAGAAGUAACGCCUUUAAACAAAGAUGAUCCCGUUUCCAAGCAGCUUCCUGUAAAAGAAACCAGUUUAGAUCAAGUAAUAAAUCCUCUGACAAUAGAGGAUGCUCCAGCGGUUGCAACUUUCUCUGGUGCUGAAAGUACAGACAGAAAAUCUCCUGGGAUUCCUCAAGAGGAGCAGAAAAUCUCCUGCGACGGAGCAAAGAAAGGUGUGAUUCCUGAGGAGAUCCUUCAGAGGCUUUCAGUGUGUUUGGAGGAAAAACGCAACACCUUGGAGCUGCUGCAUCUCGACGACGACGAAGGACACUCUGAGGAGCUGGACUUGGUGGAGCCCUGGGAGGACCUUAGCUCCACCAAGCAGUGGGUCACCAGCCCCCUUCACUCACCUGAUGUGGAGGAGCUGUUCAAGCAGCUGUCACCUUUCAGCUCACAUGUGGAGACUCUGAGCUCAGAGGCGGGAAAGAUUUCGUCUCCUCCAGCCGAAAACAACAAACAAUCCCUCACGAAGAGCAGCGAACGCUUCUCUGGAAGCUUUCCCACCAGCAGCAAACCAGAAACUAAGUGGACAUGUUUGCCGUCAGCGUCCACACGGAUGAGUCUGAACGCAACACAACCUCAAACCGGAAAGGGCAGCACAACGAAACAGAAGAAUACUGCGUCAUCCCAGAGGUUCAACAGACAAAUGUCUUAUGAUGCAGCUGCUUCAGAGAGAAGAGAAGAAAAUUCCCUUUACAAGCACAGGCCCUUUUCCCUGAACCUAGACAUGGGGCAUCGAUACAUCAGAGACAUUUCCAAUCAGCAAAACCGUAAUUCAUCCGAGCUGUCCUCUUCUCAAAGAGGAUUACUGGCCUCGUCUGGGCCCAUAAACAACGGGCUGCCCUCGGAGCUGGAGCUGUUUCUGAAUGACCGGCAGGCGCCUCUUCGCCGAAACUCAGCCCCCGUCAGCGUGUCGUCUGUGAGGACCGCCUUCAUGAUUAAAACAUGCCAGGCCAAAGCUGUGCCUGUCAUCCCUCCCAAGGUGCAGUACAGUCAGAUACCUCACUCCAGACAGGAGAAUGAUUCCGAUGCAGCGAAGGAACAAGGAAAGGAAUAUCCUAAAAUGACUGCAGAGAAAAGCAACUCUGCGCCUCCUCCCAUGAUGUCAGAUCUAAAGGAGGAGCUGGAGAACAAAGAACCAGGCCCCAAACACCAAAAACACCCCAAUGUUGAGAAACCUGCUGAUUCUGGGAAGACCACGUCCACUCCAGAACUGCCGGUUAUAACCAGGAGACCCACACCCAGUCUGGAGGUGUUUGUGGAUUGUCCCAGACCCAACAGAGGGAAUCUGUUGCAAAGACCAUCGUUCAGGAACAGACAGAGGCCUCAGAGCCUGAUCCUGCUCAGCCCUCCUUUCCCCAUCAUGGACUAUCCACCGUCAGGGGACGACGGCAAGCUCCUCUCAUCCAUCAAGAGCCUGAAUGACACGUCAGCAGUGAAUGUCUUUUCUAAAGAGAUGGCGGAGAACUUCAGGACACCGGAAGGGAUCGGCCUUCAAAAUAAAAUGACUAUUCCAAAAAGCGGGCAGAGACUGGAAACGUCAACCAGCUGCUUCUACCAGCCGCAGAGACGCUCGAUGAUAUUUGACAGCAGGAGCCACAGACAGAUCGAGUGACUGGAGGUGGACUCAGACUGGGUGUAUGUAAAUAGACACAGUGCAUAAAGAAUCAGUGGAAGCUGACAGGAAGAUGAUAUAAUAUCCCUUUGUGAAUCAGUGGAUUUUUGCGUGCAGUGAUUCACACAUUUAUAGGAAGGUAAAGCUUCAGUUAAUAUAAAAAGGGCUAAUGAAAAACCAGGAAGUAUCUGAGAAAGAGGAAGGAAGCCAUGAUGAGUGUGAGAUGAGGGCUGCAACUAAGAAUAUUUUCAUUAUCUGCUUAUUAGUUUCUCAGUUAGCCAAUUGAACUUUUGGCUUAUAAAUGAUGAGAAAAUACAUUUAAUUUGCUGUCACUCGACUACUUGUUUCAACUCUACUGGGAUUCAUGAAGGAAAUAUUUAUAAUAGUGACUUGAGAGUGACAUUUAGUUACAUUUUCAAGUGGAGUUACAGUGUUCAUCAUUCAGCUACAGCAUUAAAACUACAGGACUAAUGGUGGGCUUCUGUUGAAACUCAGCUCUGAUCAAGCCUGUUCUGAAUGGGGAAUUUUGGGCUCUUAAUUCUGUUCCUUGAGUCAUUCCUGAGCAGAUUUUGUAGUCUGCAACAAUAUUAAGGUGGAUUGUACCUGCCAAAGUAACACCCACAUGAAUGAGAGGACCCACGGUUUCCCAGCAGAGCACCGGAUUGCUACGAGAGGAUUGUGUUAUUUACUUCUCCUGUCAGUGGUUUUAAUGUUGUAGCUCAGAACGGUUGGUUUCAAAGUCUACCUUCUCACAUAGAUUGUAUGUGGUGCUACACAGUCGCAGGAUAUCACUGCCAGAUCUUCUCAAAAGAUUCAGAGUACGGCGUCUGCCAAAAACUGUGAAGCUCACAUCCUUUGACUAACAAACUAGGUGCUGGGAAGCAUUUGUUGCGGAAGAAACACUGCCAGACUUUAUGCUGAAUAUUCAGAGAGGUGGUGACUGUAAGUUCAAUUUUCCCUGUGGAGGUUUUAUAACAAAAAUGUAAGAAUAUUCCAUUUUAAAUGACCCGUACUGUAGUCUCCUGAUAAACUAAAAGCAUUACCAGCAAAGUAUAUUAGCAUCAGAAGUAUUUAUUUUGCAGUAAAAUGUUCCUUUGAAUGGUAUUUUAUGGACAAUAUUAGGUUGUUGAUAUUGAUGGAGGUGAACUAGUUUAGUCAGUGGGAGACAUGUUGGCUACAUCUGAGGGGCAAGGAGAUGAUAAAUGAGGAAGGAAAGAAGAGCAACAUUUUAUUUUAGAGAUAAACAUCCAUAAAAAAUCUGUUCAAGUGUAGAGAAGCAAAAAGUACUUUUUUUUUAUUAUUAUUUGAAAUGUAGGAGGAGAACUAUGAAGACAUGCAGUGGAAAUAAUAGUGCAGUUACUGAGUAAAUCCUUUUAGUCACUUCCAGUCAGUAGUUUAAACACGUUUUUCUCAGCGGACAGAUGUUAAACAUCCAGGAGAAAGUUCAAUUCGCAAAUUUCCUCCACUCAGAACAACUGAAAGCUGUAGUUCAGGUAUAAAUUAAGAUUUCUUGAACCAUUUCCAGAUUUCAUUAAAGCAAAAAAUGUCAUCAGGACUAGAAAAUACUGCUUGUGUCAAAUCAGGGGCUUCAUAUUUUGGGGCUCUACAGUAUUUAAACAGUCAGGAUUGUGCUGCAGCAAACACAUUCACUUCCAUAAUAAUCAGAUUAUUGUCAUUGUAAACUGAACUGAAUUCAUCCUUUAGGGCUCUGAAUACUGGAAAUGUAUGGCAAAGAUUAGCAAAAAAAAUGCUAUGUUAAACUGAAAAACUGACAUUUAAACUGUUAAGCAACCACGAAUCUGAGUUUAUUUAUUCCUUUAUUAACUUACACGUGCUAUGAAGUAAACUUGAUACUUACACUAUUUACUGUAUGCAGCGACUGGCUCUGUGAUAAGCUGAUGUCAAUGUGAUUUUUGUAAAACUAGUAUUUAAAAGAAAAAUCCUAUUUCUGAUUUAAAUAUAUCAGAAGCUCAAUUAAUAGUAUUUAGCCACAGGAGGACUUUAAUUCGUGCAUAUCUGGAUUUUCUGUAAUUACUUUGGACUUUGUUGCAGGUUUUGUUGUUGUUUUUUCGACAAUAAUGGAAAAACUUGGACGUAAUCAGAAGUGAAAUUGUGGAGCUGCUCAUCAGACGGUGAACUGAAGGUUGGACUUUGUGCGUGUCGACUGUAUUCAGUGUGUUCGGAUGCUGAUGGUGCUUCGAGUCAAAGUCAGACUUUGAAAUCUCCAGAUUUUUGUCACUUUUCUUCUGUAAUUACCUUUUAUGCCAUUUUUUUGGGCAAACACCCAUAAGCAGUUUGGAUGCUACAUUGUAUUUAAGAUAACGCGGAUGUUACUGAGGUUACAGUGUUUUUAUACUGUUUGGAUGUCUGAAUGAUUACAGUGUUAUUUUCAAAAAAAAAAAAAAGGCGUGUUAACAGAGAUUUUAGUGGGGUGUUUUUUUUUGUUUGUUUUGUAACUCCUGUAUGCUUGUUGAUGCUGAAACUGAUUGACUGAACUGUGUGUGUUCAUAGGAGAAACGCCUGAACUGAGGAUUUAAAAGGUGAGAGUUUGGCCUUAAUUAUGGGAUGGUGGCACCUGAAGGAAUGUACAUAAGAUGCUUGAUGGGGUUUGUUACAACAAAAAGUUAUGGGAAUAAAAAGCUGUAAAAACAAAAAUCAGUGGGUGUGCUGAUGUAUCACUUUUACUAGUGUCCAACUCACUUGAUAGUUGUUGUUGUUGUUGUUCUUGAGGGGCUAAAUCUGCAUGAUUUGCACAGGGAAAUUGGUCAAAUGACACUCAAAUGAAAGAUUAUGGUACUUACAGUAACAUGAAAUCAACUGUGUGACAUCCUGUGUGUGUACCAAGUGAAGCGCACACACAUUUAAGCGGUCUUCAUGCAGCACUAAAGAAGAGAUUUGGAUCACUAAUUUUACUCUAUUCAUUUGUCAUUUCUUCCUUGUUUCAUAUCUUUGCUUUAGCAGGUUUUAACAGCUACUUUGCUCUCUAAUUUAGGUAUUUGUUAAAAUGUGGAAUUUUUGUUGCAGAAGUUGUAAAGAUGUUUUAAAGAUGUCCCUAAAUGGUGCUCAGGUGACUGUUUUGCUAGUCCGCUUGUUACUAACUGUGGUUUUAAUUUGGAUUCUCAGUGUCUUUUUGGAUGGAAAUGCCUCGUGUUGUCCUGCGGGUCAGAAUUGACCCAUUUUAAAGUGUGAAAAUGUGGGGAGAAAAAAAUAUAUUUUCACUGUGAAA